AUGUCUCUUUUUCCUGGAAGCAAAUUAUAUGAAAAGCUUACCCGUUAUCCAUGUAAGUCUUUUCAAGAAGUUCAGGCAAGAGCAAGCGUUCAAAUUAAAUGGGAGAAAGAUGAAGGAAGGCUUCCAGAGCGACAAACAGAGCAGCCGAAGAAAUCUGAGCAAAAGCAAACAAGUUCAGAAGCUUCGCGAUAUCCUCUGCUGAAGAAAAUGGGAGAUGUUGUUAGAUGGCCCGACAAAUUACGUAAACCGCUAGUUCAACGGGAUACUUCCAAAUGGUGUGAGUUUCAUAACAAUUACGGGCAUACAACAGAUGACUGUUUCACCCUCAAAAAAGAAGUAAUCCGAUUGCUAAAGAAAGGUCAUCUUCGGGAUUUACUAUCCGAAAGAGGAAAAGCGACGAUGUCCCAAGCUGAAAGACGAGAAGAGGAACAGAAGCUACUUCCUCCAGAGAAGACCAUUAACGUAAUAUUUGGCGGAUCGGAGAUUAGCGGAAUUACACAUUCAUCAACAAAGAAACAUGUCAAGCAAACAGAAAAUUCGGAGGUAUGGAAUGAUAAGCCGAUGGUACAAUUCACAAGACAAGUUAUCAGCUUCACAUACGACGAGAUGACGAAGCUUCUCAAUCCACAUGAUGAUGCCCUGGUAAUAACUUUACAAAUUGCCAAUUGCGAAGUUAAAAGAGUUAUGAUUGAUGAUGGCAGUUCAGUAAAUUUACUGUUCAUGUCCACACUCCAAGCAAUGGGACUUUCAGAAGCCGAUAUAAUUAGAGGACCUAUACCACUCAUCGGCUUCAGCGGAGAACAGCAAUAG